UCUUAAUGGCAUUUAAUAGUGUUUUCAAUAUUAUUAGAGCUAUAAUAUAGAGAGGUUAAUAAAUAAUUCAAAAAAUUUUUUUAUUUUGGAAAAUACCAGCGAAAAUUUUCCAAAAUGCCGAGAAUAAUGAUCAAAGGAGGUGUGUGGCGGAACACAGAGGAUGAAAUUCUCAAAGCAGCUGUAAUGAAAUAUGGCAAAAACCAGUGGUCCAGAAUAGCCUCCUUACUUCAUAGAAAAUCUGCAAAGCAAUGUAAAGCUCGUUGGUUCGAAUGGUUAGAUCCUAGUAUUAAGAAAACUGAAUGGUCUAGAGAGGAAGAUGAAAAAUUGUUACAUUUGGCAAAACUUAUGCCCACGCAAUGGAGAACAAUUGCUCCCAUUAUUGGCAGAACAGCAGCCCAAUGUUUGGAAAGAUAUGAAUAUUUGCUUGAUCAAGCUCAAAAGAAAGAAGAAGGAGAAGAUGCCGUGGAUGAUCCCAGAAAGUUGAAACCGGGUGAAAUUGAUCCCAAUCCAGAAACCAAACCAGCCAGACCUGAUCCAAAAGAUAUGGAUGAAGAUGAGUUGGAGAUGUUGUCAGAAGCAAGAGCCAGGCUAGCCAAUACACAAGGCAAAAAAGCUAAGCGUAAGGCUCGUGAGAAGCAAUUAGAAGAAGCCCGUCGUUUAGCGGCCUUACAAAAAAGAAGAGAACUAAGAGCUGCUGGUAUAGAGGUAGCGUCUCGCAGAAAGAAAAAGCGUGGUGUGGAUUACAACGCCGAAAUACCGUUCGAAAAGAGACCUGCUAUUGGAUUUUAUAAUACAGCUGACGAAGUCUUGGAUCCAAUGGCUCCAGAUUUUUCAAAAAUGAGGCAGCAGCAUUUAGAUGGUGAAUUAAGAAGUGAACAAGAGGAGAGAGAACGUAAAAAAGACAAACAAAAACUAAAACAACGUAAAGAAAAUGACAUUCCUCAAGCAAUGUUACAAAAUCAAGAACCGGCUAAAAAGAGAUCAAAACUAGUGUUGCCGGAACCACAAAUUUCAGAUCAAGAAAUGCACCAGGUAGUGAAAUUAGGGAAAGCUAGUGAAACUGCUAAAGAAAUAGCCACUGAUAGUGGUGUAGAAACUACUGAUACCCUUUUGAAUGAUUAUACAUUUACACCGCAAGGAUCUGCUACACCUAGAACACCGGCACCUCAAACUGAUAGAAUUCUACAAGAGGCCCAAAAUAUGAUGGCACUUACUCACGUAGAUACACCUCUUAAAGGUGGUCUAAAUACUCCCCUACACAAUUCUGACUUUAGUGGAGUUAUGCCUCAAGUACAAGCUAUAAGUACCCCGAAUACAGUACUUGCCACACCGUUUAGGUCUACUAGAAGUGACGGAAGUGUUACACCGGGUAGUACAGUAGGUUUUAUGACCCCAAGAAGUGGUGCUGUGGUACCUGUUGGAAAAACUCCAGGGGUAACGACUCCAUCUGUUAGAGAUAAACUAAAUAUUAAUCCGGAAGAAGGUAUUGAUAUAGGAAGUACACCAGCUGAGCAUAGAAUACAUCAAAUGUCGAUAAAAGAUCAGUUGAAGAUAAGUUUAAGUAGUUUACCACAACCUAAAAACGAUUACGAAAUAGUAGUACCAGAAAAUGAAGAACAAGAGGAACCAGAACAAGCUCAAGCACAAAUAGUUGAAGAUCAAGCGGAUAUAGAUGCCAGAAAACAAGAAGAACUCAGAAUUAAAGCGGCUAAAGAAUUAGCGAUGCGUUCGCAAGUAAUUCAACGAGAAUUGCCCAGACCUCAGGAUGUCAAUAUGACAGUUCUACGUCCACCACACGAAAGUUAUUCAUUAACCGAUCUGCAAAAAGCAGAAGAACUGAUAAAAUGUGAAAUGGUGACAAUGUUACAAUACGACAAUUUGAAAAACCCAGUUCCUACACAAAGUAAAAGAUCUAACAUGUCACAAGCUCAACAAUUGGCAUUUUUGGAACAACAUCCUUAUGAAAAUUAUAGAAAAGAAGAUCUAGAAGCUGCUAAGCAUAUUUUAAAAAAGGAAAUGGACGUCGUCAAAAAUGGUAUGAAUCACGGAGAGUUGUCUCUUGAAGUGUACACUCAGGUUUGGGAGGAAUGUUUGAGCCAAGUACUAUUCCUUCCCAAUCAGACGAGGUACACACGUGCUAAUUUGGCCAGUAAAAAAGAUAGAUUAGAAUCUGCCGAAAAAAGGUUAGAACAAAAUAGAUCCCAUAUGUCUAAAGAAGCUAAAAGGGCCGCCAAAAUGGAGAAAAAACUCAAGAUAUUGACGGGGGGGUAUCAAUCCAGGGCUCAAGCACUUAUCAAACAAUUACAAGAUUUGUACGAGAACAUUGAUACUGCAACAUUGGAAUUGAAUACUUUCAAAUUCUUAGAGGAACAAGAAAAGAGUGCUCUACCUAGAAGAAUACAGUCCCUCACCGAAGACGUAAACAGGCAGAUGGAACGAGAGAAAGUACUCCAGAAAAAAUACGCUGAAUUACAAUUUGAAAUUAAACAAUUGAAAGAUAAAUAUCAAACAGACCAAGGAGGUGCAUCCAUGGAAAUUUCUGGUGGUAAUGCAAACGAAGUUUCAUCUACGACUAAUGGAGAAAUUGCCAUGGAAGUUCAAGAAAGUAACGCAUGAAAUGUAAUUAAUAUUUAAAGACGCUACUGUAAGUUUAAAGGUGUACAAUAUUAAAUAUUUAAAAGGAAACUAAAUUGUUUAUAUUUAUUAAUAAAAUUUGUACAAAAAGUUUUAGGUAUAAAGAUUAAAAUUUGUAAUACAAUAAAUAAUAUUUCUCUUAGAUCAAA